GGAAGAGAUGAAUAUGCCUCAAGGCCAAGACAUGCCUAUGCCUUAUGGCAACAAUAAUAUGAUGAUGAUGAUGACGAAGAUGCACAUGAGCUUGUAUUGGGGCAAAGAUGCCAUAGUACUAUUCCCUGGGUGGCCUAACCAGAGUGUUGGCAUGUACAUCUUAGCUAUCUUGUUUGUGUUUUUCCUUGCCAUGAUUGCUGAGGUUAUGUCUAACCAACCCAUCAUCAAAAGAGGGACAAGUCCCAUAAUUGGAGGGUUGAUUCAGGCUAUCUUCUAUGUCUUUCGAAUUAGUUUCCUUUACUUGGUGAUGCUUGCUGUCAUGUCCUUCAACCUUGGAAUCUUCAUAGCUGCUGUGGCUGGCCAUACCUUGGGAUUCUUUAUUGCUAAGUAUCGUGCUCUUGCAAGUGCCAACAGAGAACAACAACACGGGUCAUCCAUUACUCACAAAGUUUAAAUGUUCUUCUACCUUAUCAUGUGCAUAGUUUUAUUCAAAAGAGUUUAAAUGUUUCUACCUUAUUAUAGAAUAUAUAUGAUCAAUGAAUGCUUCCUGGUUGUGUUUGUUAUGUUUUCCUAUUGCAAGUUGUGUUUCAGAAUGUUAUAGUUUGUUCUUUAAGCGAGGGAAGGGCAGAGACCCUUGUGACUCAGA